GUCAAAGCUUAUUAAUUAUUCGUCGUUGUCUGGGGCUGGCCGUUUUUAAGUUCUUAACAAUUAUUUUACUAUAACUUGAACUCACGAAAUAAAAAAUUAAACUGGGUUUUUUUGAAAAAAUAAUCGAAAACAUGAGUAAGCUUAUUCCAUCCGUUGGUAAACUGCUUGGCGGUGUAACAACUACUACGAAAGUCGCCCCAAUCGCUGUCAUUACGAACGCAAAAUACAGUACAAAAAACGAAGCUACAUUUGAAACGAAGCCUUAUAAGCUCCACAAACUGGAAAAAGGUCCCGCAACAUCAGCAACUUUAACAUCCGAAGAUGCACUUAGUAUGUAUGAGAAAUUGGCUGUUAUUAGAAGAAUUGAAACCGCCUCAGGAAAUCUGUACAAAGAGAAGAGUGUCAGAGGCUUCUGUCAUUUAUAUUCAGGACAGGAAGCGGUUGCCGUAGGAAUGCACUCAGCUAUGAGGGAUAUUGAUUCAUUGAUAACAGCAUAUCGUUGUCACGGAUGGACUUACCUUAUGGGUGUCAGUGUCCUCGGUGUCCUUAGUGAGUUAACUGGCCGGAGAACUGGUUGUUCCAGAGGCAAAGGUGGUUCUAUGCACUUGUAUGCCAAGAAUUUCUAUGGAGGAAAUGGCAUAGUCGGUGCUCAGGUCCCGUUGGGCGCGGGUAUAGCUUUCGCUCACAAGUACCGUAACGACGGUGGCGUUUGUUUCGCUCUGUAUGGUGACGGAGCAGCCAAUCAGGGCCAGAUCUUCGAGGCUUACAACAUGGCCAAAUUAUGGAAUCUACCCUGUAUAUUUGUUUGCGAAAACAAUGGUUAUGGUAUGGGUACAAGUGUUGAGCGUUCUUCUGCCAGUACGGACUAUUACAGCCGGGGGGAUUACAUACCCGGCCUGUGGGUGGACGGUAUGGACGUCGUCACUACUAGGGAAGCGACCAGAUUUGCCAUUGACUAUUGCACUAGCGGAAAAGGUCCUCUAGUAAUCGAAAUGGAGACAUACCGAUACUCCGGCCACUCUAUGUCCGACCCCGGCACGUCCUACCGGACCCGCGACGAGGUCCAGGCUGUCAGACAGACCAGGGACCCCAUCACCUCCUUCAAAGAAAAGAUCCUAUCAAACGGGCUCGCUACUGCUGAUCAGCUCAAGGAAAUAGACACCAAGAUCCGCAAAGAGGUGGACGAGGCCACUAAGAUAGCGAAGUCCGAACCGGAAGUGGGUCCCGAAGAACUCGCUGGGGACAUUUAUUACAAGAACUUGGAGCCCUUCAUCAGGGGUGUCCACCCUAACAGCCCCUUGCAACAUAUCGAAACCGCUGCCAGGAAUUAAGCGAAUUUUUAUACUGGGAUGUGAUCUUUAGUACGUUUUACAGAUAUAUAUGAGAUUAUUACGUUUGUUGGGAUUCUGUCUUAUGUUAUCUUGUUCUAAAUAGACAAUUAUUCAGCCGUAUCUUAUCAAAAUAUUUAUAAAAGUUAAUACGUAAUGUGUAUAUAUGCUUAUGGUAUUCAAAGUUCUUGAAGUAAAAACAAUAGAAUGAAAUGUUGUUAGGGAAUGUUUAUAUUACCAAGUGUGGUUCAAAACAUUGGUCUUAUAAUGUAGAUAUUACGAACUCGAAGUUAAAAUUUUAUUAGUUUACUGUAUAUUCUCAAACAAGCUUGUCAUUGUCUCGUGUUGUCUUGUUGAAAUCCCAUUUUAUUAUAUAUUUUUUUAAUGACAGGAGUUUAUUUAUUUAUAUACAUAUUUAAGAGCAAUAGAUAUUAAAAUAAUAUAUAUAUUACAAAGUAAUUGUUUAUUUCUUUGUUCGUUUAAAUUUGACGUGGUUGGGAUGGAAAGUAAAAAGAAAGGUAUAAUAUCAUAAAUUUAUUUCUAUAUCCUAACACAAGCUGCGAUUAUGACUAUUCUGUUUUAAAAUAGUUUAAUAUACUAAAAAUAAGCUUGGAACCGGUAACUUUAUAUGUGUACUUAAAAUAUAUUGUGUCAUCGGAUUCUUCAUAGAAAUGCUAUAGUCGGGUAGUUUUGAAAUUAAUCUGUAGUUAAACACACUAACAAGUGGUUUGGCUCUCAGCCUGUUAGAGUGCUGCAUGUCAAGUUAAAAGGACAUGCCAGCGAA